CGUCUCUCGUCUCUCCCCCCAAAAAACGCCGCAACCCCCUCUCAUUUUCUUCCUCGUCUCCACCUCCCUUCUCGAUACAUUCGAGCACGCCGGACGCGGUCGGAAGGGGACAAAGCAGCAAGCGGCGCCGGGCUCCCCCCCGUCUCCCUUCCCUUCCUCGCCCCCGAUCGACGCCGAUCGGGGCCGACUGCUCGCGGGGGACGCCGAUCGAAGCCCGGGCGGCGCGCUGCUUCCAAUAUACGGAACGGAAGCAGUGUCUAGUUUUCUUCAGUUGGCCGCUACAGUUUCCAGCGGUUUCCGCCAGUUGUCUAAUAACGUAUUGUUGUUGUACUUAAGGUUGCUUUUGUCAGUAUUUGCCGGGUUGACAUACUUGGUGUUGUAAAGCAUUGCCAUUUUUGGGUCAUGACUUGUUUUUAUUGAAAUCAAUUGGCUGCCAAGGGAUACAAUAAAUCCUUGAUGCAACAUAAUAGGAUCACCAUGCUGUCUUCCUCAGAGACUUGCCAGCUUGGUUCUAGUUCUAGCAACCCUGUCAUGGAUCAGCAGAAUUUACUUCCCAACAACUCUAACGUGGAUGAACAGAUUUUACUCCCAAAUGCAUUAGAGCAUGAGGACUACCCACACUAUUUGCUCAAUAGUCAUGAGGUGGGAAUGCCAAGUGGAAGCCUGAUCGGUCAGCAAAAUACAAGCUUGAGCUUGUGGGAACCAGCUGGAUCUAGCUCAAUGGGAUGCUUAGUUGAUCAUGGCAACUUUUUCCAGGCAAAAAGGGAUCAUCUUGCCUCUUCUUUGUCUAUCGGAGGCCCCUUAAGUAUAGACAGGAGGAGACAUGAAGGCACUAGUUCAUUGCCUUCACACAACCUAAACAUAGACCUCAACAUUAAUCAGGCUGAUCAAUUUGGCUCUGAUGAUGUUGAUCUUGUACAUGGUAAUGGACAAUCAAGAGCAAAUACUGUCACAGCCCACAGGGGCUCUUUCAUAACUGAGCGUAUUCUGCAUCAUGGAGUUUCUUCGGAUGCUAUAGGAAGUUCUUCACGGAAUGCAGAGUGUUUUGAUGGUGCAGCAGGCCAAGACAGUCAUCAUCCAGCCUUUAAGAGAAAGUAUCUUGAUGGAUGUCAUGCAGAGUCUUCUGCCAAUGGAAGCUCACGCAAUCGUCACCAUAAUACUCUGCUACCUCCACCGACCACCAGUGAAAGUUUGACUAUCCCCACCGCAACAAAUUUUAAUGUUCCAUAUCCUCCUGUGGAACAGCUAAACCAGAGUACUAAUAUUGCUGCAAGCUCUACUUUGUCUGAUCACUAUUCUUCAUAUAGUGAUCCACAUGCAAACGAAUUCGUGCGAAACACACGGAUGCGAAUAAACCCUAGCGAUUAUGAUCAAUCGCUUCCCAGUCUAUUACCUGAGGGGAGUUUCAGGUGCUCAGCUUAUCAGUCUACACAGCAGCAGUCAUCAUUUAUUCCAGUGCAACCUAGACAAGUGAGCUCUUCUGCUGGUUCUCAUAGUCGACCUCAUGUGCCCACUGUUACUCAAUUUUCACAAAAUCUUCACCGACCUUCAUCAAAUGUUAGUUUUGGGUCAAGAAUUGGGAAUUCUUCCACUUCUUCUGGUUCUACAAUGCCGAUACCUGCUUCACAAGAUCCCAGUACAAGCUUGUUGGGAAGCGAUUAUCCUGAGCCCCUUCUGUUAGGUUCUUCUUUGUUUACAGCUGAUUCAACAAAUUUCUUAUCUGCAUCUGGAAGCAGAAGUAACCAGCAAAAUUCUGGAUCCAGCUCUAGUUCCAUGCUUAGACCUGCUGUUAAUGUUGGAGCUCCACAAGUCGCUGGGUUCAAUGCAUCUCAGCCAAGUACAACUAUAAGAGGUUCAUCUGAUGUGUCCAGGAGGUCCUUAAUUUCUGCUGGUGCUUCUCAUUCUAGAAGUUCAAGCAUCGCAUUGCAGCAACGUGGAACUUCAUCCACGUCACAUGAGAUUAGGAGUCAUCAGCCAGGAUCAAGCUCUCGUGCCCAUCAGCAGCACUCCUUAAGACCUGGUCAUUCCUCCAUAGACAGGCAGAGCUCUGGUUACUUGGACCUUCAGUCUUUUAUGCAGACCAUAGCUUCAAGGGAAGGAGGCAGGCCAAUGUCAGAGAUCCGCAAUGUUUUCGAUCAGAUUCGUCAGGGGAGAAAUGCACGAUUGGAGGAUUUGCUUCUCAUUGAUCGCUCACUUAUUAUGAGGCGAGCUAAUUUGAUUGAUAGACAUCGGGAGAUGCGGCUUGAUGUGGAUAAUAUGUCCUAUGAGGAAUUGCUGGCACUAGGUGAACGCAUUGGGUACGUAAACACUGGACUUACUGAAGAAAAUAUUAUGAGUAACAUGAAACAAUGGAAAUAUGCCUUAAUAUCAUUGGAAGAUCCUCCAACAGGUGUUGAACCAUGCUGUAUUUGCCAGGAAGACUAUGUGGAAGGUGAGGACUUGGGCAGACUGGAUUGUGGUCAUGACUUUCACACCGGAUGCAUCAAACAAUGGCUGGUUAUAAAAAAUCUGUGCCCAAUCUGCAAGAAAACAGCACUGGACACCUAAGACAUGGCUGCCUUUUUCCUCCUUUGUUAAAAAGCAGGUAGCAGCACCAGGGCAAGUGGUUGUCAUUUAACCACACCCUCCCAAGACUAGCAACUGGUUACAAGCAUGUUACACACCUUCCCAUCAUCAACAUACAUGUGGGAAUUUAUACUAUAGGUGGUACAUGGCAUUUACCUGAAGCCAAUGGCUGUAGACCCUGGAGUUUCAUCCUUGUUUUGUUCAAACCUAGAUUUGGGAUUUAAAAUUUAUUCAAUGACAUUCGA